AUGAAGUCUACCUACUUUCUUUCUGGGGCAGCUAUUGUUUCAGCCGUAUCAGCGUUGGCUACUCCACAGCUGUCUGUUGAAAAACGAGCUGGAGUUGAUGGCCUUCCUUCCGACGGAAUAGUUUCAAACGGUGUAGCCUUUGGCUUCCUUCCAUCGGAUGGCUAUCAGGUGGCUUCUCCAGCCUAUACCAUGUCUCAAAUAAACAGCAAGCUCGGUGGAAAAGCCAGUACUUAUGGCUGGUACGCGCAAAUAACAUCUAGCACCUUCGAUGGAUCUCAGCUCCUUGAACGUCUUGAUGAUAUCGUUGCGUCUGGUGCUGUAUUUCAGCCAGCGGUUAUGCCGUAUAUCCAAUUUAGUCAAGUGAGCAGCAGUGUAGCCAGUCAGGUUGCAAGUGUGUUGGAACAGUUCACUGCGAAGGGCGUGGAGGUUUGGUUGAGAUUCGGUCAUGAGAUGAACUACUAUGUCACCAGUGGUACAUACCAUGGAACAGCCGACGAGUUCGUCACAGCUUGGAAGAAUAUCCAUGCAGCUGUUUCUAGUAAUCCCAAGAUCAAAAUGUACUGGUCUCCUAAUGUAGACACUUCGGAUGCCCCGGUUGCACCAUAUUGGCCCGGAGCAUCUUAUGUUGAUAUCGUAGGCGUCGAUUGCUAUCCCUCCUCAGAUUCGGCGCUUUCCUCCUCCGCUUUUUCAAACUGCUACAGCAACUUCUACAAAACCUACUCCGCCGCAUACAACAUCCCAUUUGCCAUCGGUGAGACAGGGUGGAUCGCUCCCUUCCACUACUCCCAAGAGUACAGCACCAACUACCACUAA